AUGUCAUUUGUCGAUCUUGCCUGUAGUGAUGAUGAUCCGCUGUUUCGCGAAACACACUAUGCACGUUAUGGCUAUGAACGAACAUUGUUAACUUACAUGAACAAACCCGACGAAUUUCCCUCCACACGAUUACAAUCAUUACCCGAUGCACCAUUGACUGAUUAUAUCCAACCAUUAUCAAAGCCUGUAAGGCAUUUUUUAGCAGCGUCAACUUCUGAGCUAACAGCAUUCCUAUCACGAGAUGGUUACUGGAAUUGUCUUUAUGUGGACCUAUGUGACAUAGAACCGGGAAAAUCCGAUGUAAUCGCUGUUGAUGCCAUAGAAACCACAAUUGAUGGUGAUAUCAAACUAUAUAUAGCCUUAGCAACAGCUGAUGAUAAGGGCCAGGUAAAACUCACAUGGAUCGUUUUUAAUUUCAUCUGA